UUUGAACUGACUUUUGUAAUAAAGAGUACAACGAUUGUGAACUUGUUGUAUCUAUAAAAGUAUGGUGAAUUAUGCAAGUGUCACUGAUAGCUGCGCAUACCUGUAGUUCUGCUAGUCCUAUUUGCCAAUAAAAAUGGGUUUAAAUGGCGCUUCGUUAAAGUGCGUUUGUCUACCCCUGAACCAACACGCAGCCGGUAGCCCUCGCUCAAUGGGAUCCGUUGAGGAGAACAUCUUCUCGCAGGUGCUGGAAAUCAUGAAGCCAUUUGACCUCAGUGUUGAGGCAUACGAAAAAUUCUGUCAUACAAUGUACGAAACUAUGAACAGUGGUCUUCGACGUUCAACACACCAAGAGAGUUCCAUAAAGAUGUACCCCACUUAUGUGUCCAAAAUUCCCAAUGGGUCAGGUAAGUUCCUUUCAUAAUUCCAGAUGCACUUUUUCAGAAUCCGGAUGUUAUUUAGCGCUGGACUUGGGAGGUACGAAUUAUCGGGUUCUUCUUGUUCAUCUUCCCGGGAAGAAGGCGCCGCCAAAAAUCGAAGAAAGGACAUAUGCUAUACCACAUUCCAAGAUGACAGGGUCCGGAGAGCAGGAUUGCAGUCGAGUCCUCAAUUUGUUGUCACUAUCUGCGUAAUUGAUUUCAUUUGCUCCUUUCAGCUCUUCGAUUACAUUGCCAACACCCUAGCGGAUUUUGUUCGAGGCCACGACAUGGGGGAGACGCCGUGUAACCUUGGAUUUACAUUCUCCUUCCCGUGCAUUCAGAAAGGCCUCACGAAUGCAACCCUAGUCAGGUGGACAAAGGGCUUUAAGGCGACUGACGUUGAAGGCGCAAAUGUUGCCUUGAUGUUGCAGAAGGCCAUUGACAAGACAGGCAUUAAGGUUAAGUGUGUCGCCGUGGUAAACGAUACAGUCGGUACUCUGGCCUCGUGUGCUUUGGAGGACCCAAAGUGUGCCGUUGGUUUGAUUGUAGGUACUGGUACGAAUGCGGCCUAUAUUGAAAAGCGGGAACGCGUGGAGCUGAUGGAGGGAGAAGGUGCACCAUACGUUGUGAUCAACACCGAAUGGGGUGCUUUUGGUGAAAAUGGGGAGUUCGAUGAUAUCCGAACACAGUUUGACAAAUCAGUCGAUGCCGAAAGCUUGUACCCAGGGAAACAAGUCUUUGAAAAAAUGGUCUCGGGCAUGUACCUUGGUGAAAUUGUCCGACAUGUAUUGGUUCAUCUCGUUCGCGAGGGAUUACUUUUCCGCGGUGAAUUGCCCGAGAAGCUCCAAAUCAAAGAUGCGGUGCAUACCAAAUAUCUUACAGAAGCCGAACGUGACCCUCCACACCUGUUCUACAGCACCCACUACAUGUUAACUGAGGACCUAGCUGUACCUAUUGUAGAGCCGUUGGAUGACAAAAUUGUUCGAUAUGUGUGUGAAAUGGUUUCCAAGCGUGCAGCGUACCUCGCCGGUGCCGGCAUCGCUUCUCUGUUACGACGUAUGAAGCGUUCAGAAGUUACUGUCGGUAUCGACGGGUCCCUGUACAAAUUCCAUCCGAAGUUCCGUGAACGAAUGACCGACAUCAUUGACAAACUCAAGCCAAAGAACACCUAUUUCCGUUUGCGGUUGUCCGAGGACGGAAGUGGCAAAGGAGCUGCGGCCAUUGCCGCUGCAUCUUGUCGUUGAUGUGGAGCGGUUCGCCUCAUGACACCCACCUGCCUCGUUCACUCAAAAGACGGUGUAUCCCGUUGCUGCAAUUCUGCUAACGUUUUGGAUUACUGCUUAGUUGUACUUUGUUUUAUUAACUUAUUUUGUGAGCCAAUCGAUUCCUUCGUAGAUGGCUUGAUAUACUUCGAUGCCUUCCUUUAGAUUAUGAGACUACUAGAUCCCGAUGGAUGUAUAUUUUUCAAAUCCUUUCGGUCCUUUCUCCCUUCCAUUCGGUUCAACUACUUAUUUGAAGUGUAAUACAGAAGAUGCUUCAGCCGCUUAUCCUAGUCAAUCCCAUUCGGUGAUAUACCCACAUUUUCUCCUAUUCUGUUGAAAAACUCUGGUUAUCUUCUUAGUUUCCACCGUCGUCUCUACAUUAUUCGUUCUUCCUAUCAAUUUCCCCUCUCCUUCGUGUAAGAUGCAAUCAAGCCAGUUACUCGGGAUUCAUUGUUGCUCUUUCCAUGUGUUUCUAGAUGCCCCGCCGUUAACCAAAGUUGUGUCAUUGUCUUACUUCCCCCUAUUGCGGUCAGUUAUUUCACAACUUUAAUCUCCG